GUCAAACAGCACGGUGAAGUCCUGAGGAGGGGUCCCAAUACUGAUCACUCCAUAAUACUGGGCCUGGAGAAACAGACAGACCUUUGUAGAGCUUGAUGGCAGCUACAAUGUCUGAAAUUGAAAUGGUGGUGAUGAGCAUUGUCGCCGAGACGCUCAGAGUGGUGAGAGAAUGUCCAGGAGCUGAGAUCCAGGGCAGUCCUGAUAGUGCAGACGAUGGGUAUGACUCAUCCAUCGUUGAGGCUUGGUGCAAUGACCAAGAGGUCUCGACACCAUCAGAUGAGGUCAGAAGAAUAUACAUCAGCACUCCAAGAGCAGUCUCCAUUGCAGAAGUCCUCGUAGAAGAUGCCUUGAGCAAAGUUGUCUCAAAUUUGAGCAGUGAGGGUAUAAUGCCCUCAGACUCUGUAAGUGUGAGCCAGUGCUCAAGUGUGGAUUCCCAAGAGCUAAUGACACAACAAGUCAAAAGAUUCAUUAGUGAAUUACUACUGGGGAUCCAGAGUAAAAUUGCCAGUGGGAAUCUUGAGAUUGAGCGGGGAAUCUCACCAGAGGACCAAGACCUCAUGCAGGAUAUAAUAACAGAUAUGCGGAGACACGUUGUGUCUUCCAGCCCCAUAUCCUGCCCCUCACCUGAAGGUAUUGCUAUGAUACAUAGAGACACAAUCAAAGAUAUAAUCCGCAGUACCCUCGGCCAUAUCCUGCAAAAGGAUUUCACCACUGACCUGGCAGAUCACGCUUUCAUAGAGGAUCUGCUCAAACAGCUCCCUGAAAACAGCCAGGUGAGAGUCACCGACAAGUGGGAAGAAGUUAAUUCACACCCUGACCCUGAAGAGAUGUCCAAGGUGGCACUGUCCAUUUUUUCAAAGCUCCAGUUGCUCUACGGUGACUGCAGGAAUAUGGAGAGUGAGAUAAGUGUAAUGUCCAACACGUUCCUACAGGAUUUUUCAGACUUUCUGUUCUUGGAAAUCAUCAAGGCAGAGCCAAAAAAAGAAGGCUCUGAGAGUCUGACUCAAGAAGUUGAGCCCGAAGAAACAGCAAGAAUCUCCAGUAUUCCUCCAAAUACCAAGAAGAAAGGAAUAAAGACCUUUUUGAGAAGAACCUGGAGGGCCAUAAAACGAACAUUCACCUGCUGCUGUCGGCCCAGUGUUGCCCCUGAACUCUGAAUGCACUACUUGUGCAUUCUCUGUGCUAAAUAGAAAAAAUCCCCUGUCCACACACAAAAAAUAAUUCCCCUGUGCAAUAAUAAACAAAAACAAAAAAAAAACCCUCUCCCCAAAUGAAUGUGGGUAGAAAAUCUCUGCACAGAGAAUGAUUAUGUUCCCCACGAUAUAUGCUAAUGCAUAAAUACAAAUUAAUAAAAAUGUUAAAAGACUAAAAAUUAUCUUUGAUGCAGGUUGUCUCUUUUCAAGCAUGCUUGACUAUUUUUUACUUUGCAUCUUUGUAUCAGAAGAUGCAAUAGCUGGUCAUUCAUUAAGGUUAGGGUUAGGGUUAGGGUUUGAUUUCAUACACUGUGCAUCAUUAUUUUACAGUACACAUUUUACUAUUUUGCACUGCUUUUUCAUUGCACU